GACAUUAUAAAAAAAAGCAAAUAACUUUUACAGGACGGAUACCGUUGUCGCGAUGAUCUAACAUGUGAAUGUAAUUAAUGCAAUUGUCAAAAAAAGUCAAUUGUAUUGGUGGAUUAACCCGAAAGGGUAUUUAAAUUAUUGUCUUUCGCAUAGUAAAUUUGAGAACGUGGGAAAGAAGUGGAUUAUAAAAAGGUACGGGCAGCACAUAACAAUUUGUUGAGUACGGUGAACAGUGAUGUGAAUUUCUUUGUCAUUAAUAGGUCUAACAGUUAAAAUUACUCUCAUUUGUUGAUAAAUUCAUAGCCGUAAAAUAAAAGUGUGCACAUUUUCCAAAAGUUGACACCGUUGAUGAAGACAGCCAUCAUGGAUAGUGGUGAUGAAGUCGUUAUAUCUGGCAUUUCUGGCCGAUUUCCAGAGUCCAAUAAUUUACAUCAGUUCCGUGAUAAUCUCAUGAACAAAGUUGAUUUGAUAACAGAUGAUGACCGUCGGUGGGGAAUGUAUGAACGGGACGUUCCACAUUACACUGGUAAAGUCAAUAAUGCUGAGAAGUUCGAUGCAACUUUUUUCGAUUGUGAUUUUAAGCAAGCCCACACUAUGGACCCUCAAGGAAGAAUGCUGUUAGAGCAUGCUUACGAAGCUAUUGUUGAUGCUGGAGUCAAUCCUAAGAAUUUAAAAAAUACCAAUACUGGUGUAUUUGUUGCAACUUGUUUCGUGGAGUCCGCAUAUACAUGGAUUUAUCAAAAGCCUCAGGGUGAUGGCCUUGGGAUGUCUGGAACCAGUAAAUCGAUGUUGGCAAAUCGAUUGUCUCGCUGGCUCGGGGUAAAAGGACCAAGCUAUAACGUUGAUUCUGCCUGCAGCUCCAGCCUCUAUGCCAUGGAUCAUGCAUAUAGCGCUAUAAAAACCGGCCUGUGUGAUGAUGCCCUCGUCUGUUCUUCAAAUCUCUGUCUUUAUCCCAAUAUAUCGAUUCAGUACGCUCGUUUAGGUGUUCUCUCCCCUGAUGGUCACUCGAAAUCGUUCGAUAACAGUGCCAAUGGCUACGUCAGGAGUGAAGCCAUUGUUGUCACUUAUCUUCAGAAGGCCGUGAAUGCAAAGCGUAUCUAUGCUUCGGUAAUUCAUGUGAAGACCAAUUGUGAUGGCUUCAAACCGCAAGGAAUCGCGUUCCCGUCAAGUCAGAUGCAGAGUCAACUGCUAAAAGACUGCUACAAAGAGUGUAAAAUGUCACCGUCUUCAAUAGCGUACUUUGAAGCACACGGUACUGGAACACUUGUGGGAGACCCCGUGGAACUGAAAGGUAUUGAAUCCGUGUUUCGGUCUGAGAAAACAGAACCGCUGAAGAUCGGUGCUGUCAAAUCGAACAUGGGUCAUGCUGAGUCAGCUGCUGGUCUCGCCCAAAUUUCCAAAAUCAUUAUUGCCUAUGAGACCGGCGUUAUCCCACCAAAUUUGCACUAUAAAGAACCACGGGAGGGCAUCAAGGCUUUGCAGGAUGGAACAUUCAAGGUUGUGACGGAACCAACCCCUUGGAACGGAGGCUACGCUGGUAUAAGUUCCUAUGGAUUCGGGGGUGCUAAUGCUCAUGUUGUCCUCAAAUCGAAUCCUAAGCAGAAGAUCAAUGGUGGUGCAGCUGGAGAUGGUCUCCCGCGAUUAGUUCUUGCGUCCGGAAGGACGCAGGAGGCUGUUGACUCUAUUCUGAGGGAUGUUGAAAAUCGCCCAGUGGACGUAGAAUAUAUUCGCCUAUUACAUGAUCUCUACGCAGAAAAUUUUUUACGUCAUCCAUAUCGAGGCUACACGAUCGUGGGCGGCUGCAAACUCGGAAGGAAACUUCGAAGGAUCAAACAUUAUUCAGGAAUCAGGAGACCCGUCUGGUUUGUUUUCUCAGGACUGGGUUCCCAGUGGUUAACAAUGAGACCAUCUCUUUUGCGAUUCCCACCCUUCGCAAGUACCAUCGACAAGUGCAGGGAAGUUCUCAAACCCCAGGGGAUUGACAUCCACAGGAUUCUGAUGAACCCAAGUGAAAUGACAGCUGACAACCCCUUGAGUCUGUUCAUUGGAAUAACUGUAAUGCAGAUUGGUCUUGUAGACCUUUUAUCAACUUUAGGAAUAGUCCCAGAUGGUAUGAUUGGACACGCAUUUGGAGAACUUGGCUGUGCUUACGCUGAUGGUUCGCUUACAGUAGAACAAACAGUUCUAACAGCUUAUUCAAUGGGUUUAGCAGUAUUACAAAUGGAAUCGAUUGACAGUUCAAUGGAAAAAGUUGAUCUGAAGUUCCGGGAGCUCGAAAAUCUCUGCCCACCAGCUACUCAAGUUGCCUGGCAUGACAGCCUCAAAAGCUCCACUAUGAGUGGACCUACGGAGUUAUUAAAAUCUCUCAUCGCAACCCUCACCACAGCCGAUAUUCCAAAUCAAAAUGUUUUUUGCAGUUCUAUUGUCAAUAACCAAAAGUAUAUAACAGACAUUGGAUCCAAUCUUUGGACGUACCUGAAGAAAGCCAUUCUCCAACCGAAACUCAAAAGCUCUAAAUGGCAUAGGAUAUCAGCACCUGAAUCGAACUGGAACUCUCUUUUGUCUUCUCCAGAAUAUCAUUCCGAUAUUUUACUCACUCCUGUGUUAUUUGAUGAAACGGUGGGCCUCAUCCCCGAAGAUGCUGUUGUCAUUGCAAUUACACCUCAUAACUUCCUUCAGGACUUUCUGCAAAGAUCUCUCGCAACUCACUGGACCCCUGUUUCCCUCAUCCAGAACGGACAGCAGGACGAUGUAGAAGGAUUCUUGGAGGCAGUUGGAGAGCUAUAUGAUGUCGGAUUGCAGCCACAAAUCUGGAAGCUGUACCCUGAGGUGCAAUUUCCGGUAGCCAGAGGAACUCCCAUGAUAUCUCCUCUUAUCAAGUGGGAUCACUCUGACGAUUGGUUUGUUAAUUAUGACCAAAGCAAGAGCAAGACUACCUCUGGACAAAGACGCGUGGAAUUGUCCAUUUCUGAUGAGGAUUAUGAGUACAUGGCUGGACAUGUCAUCGAUGGAAGGAAUGUUUUGCCAGCUACUGGAUAUUUAACGCUUGUGUGGGAAACUUUGAGUUUAAUGAAGGGGUUUGCAUUUGCAGAGAUGCCCGUCAUUUUUGAGGGCGUUGAUUUUUUGAGAGUUACUACCCUCUCCAAGGAACCAGUAGCAAUCACCAUUGUCAUCCAGAAAGGAACUGGGAGAUUUGAAAUUAUUGAAGAUGAUGUAGCAGUAGUUACUGGGGUUGUGCGUCAUAUAGAUGAUCCUCAAAUAGAGCAAAUACAACUCCCACCUUCAGAAAAAAACAAUCCUAUUCAGGCUGAAGAGUUGAAUACCAGAGAUGUGUAUAAAGAGCUUGGAUUGCGCGGAUACCAGUACUCUGGGCUAUUUAGGGCUGUUCAAAGUGCAACCUUGGAUGGCACCAAAGGAACCAUUCGUUGGGACAAUAACUGGGUAACUUUUAUGGACAACAUGCUGCAGAUGAUGCUCCUGGGGCUUAAUACAAGAGGUCUCGCGGUUGCUAAGCGGAUAGAAAAACUUGUUAUUGAUACAGGAAAACAAUCUCGACUGAUUCAGUCCCUAUCGCUCGAUAAACCAGAGUUUAAAGUUCUUGUCAACAAGAUACAUGACACAAUUACUUCGGGUGGAAUUCAAAUUCGUGGGGUAAAGAGUCAUCCAAUGCCUCGGAGAAGAACACUGAAUGAACCGAUUUUAGAGAUUUAUAAGUUCGUUGCUCACAGAGAUCGUGCAGAAAUUAAUUUGAGAGAAGCAGUUUGCUUGGCAACUCAUCUUGCUGUGGAAAAUCAAGUUGGCAGUAGGAUAAAGGUGUUGGAGUCGUUGGAAAAAGGAGAAAUCUAUCCCCCUGAAAAGCUUCUGUCCUACCAUAUAGCAGAGAUACUAGCAGAUCUGCCAAUGAUUCGCUCAGAUUUGCAUAUAGUAACUCCUCAGAAUCUUAUCACGGAAGAAUUGCUUCAUAAUAUAAACAUCGCAGAGCCACAACGAUUUCUUCCAGACACCAAUGCUCUAAUCCUAACAGGUCGAGGUCUUCUAACUCCUCAAAAAGUUAGAACUUUGACUCAUCUCCUCCCAGCUCUUACCGAUGAUGGCUUUAUCUUUACAAUUGAGUCUCAACCUUUGGAGGAAAUUGAACGGUCUUCGGAGAAAUAUGGACUUCGUAUUGUUUCAGAAAAAGUUGUCGAUCGUUCUACGUUCUUGGUCCUCAGAAAACAUGAUAAAAUACCGGAGACCGGUAGAAUAAUUCGCGUAGACGAUGAAAAAUUCGUCUGGAUUGAUACCUUGAAAGCAGCAUUGAAAGCAGAAUCUGGACAUGAACGCUCUGCAUUUUCCAGAAUUUUCCUAAUAAGUGAUACCCUGACACCAAAUGGUCUACUGGGCCUCGUCAAUUGUCUGCGAAAGGAAUCUUAUGGCAAGAUAAUUCGUGGGGUUUUUAUUCAGGAUCCAAAUGCAUCAAAAUUUUCAUUCUCAGACCCUCUGUAUGCCAAUCAAUUAAAACUAGAUCUUGCAUUCAAUGUCCUGAGACCGGGGGGCAUUUGGGGCUCAUAUAGACAUUUACCUUGUCCUGCAGCCACUCCACGACUAGUUCAUCAUGUUUGGGCGAGGCAGCUCGUGAAAGGUGAUCUGAGUUCAUUCUGUUGGUUGGAGGGCCCUCUUCAGGCCAAUGUUGACUGCUCUGAUCUUGUUAGAGUUGUUUACUCACCAAUAAACUUCAAAGAUAUCAUGUUGGCCACUGGGAAACUUACUCCUGAUAAUUUCACCAACAAUGAAAUUAUAACAGAGGGUUCCUUCGGAUUUGAAUAUACGGGAAUCACGAGGGAUAAUCGUCGGGUGAUGGGUAUAAUCAGUUCUUGUGCCAUGACAAAUAUCAUACGUUAUGAUCCGACCCUUAUGUGGACCGUUCCCGAUUCGUGGAGCUUGGCAGAGGCAGCUACAGUUCCUUCAGCCUAUGCUACGUGUUGCUAUGCUCUUUACAUGCGUGGAAAGAUGAGGAAGGGAGAUACGAUACUCAUUCACGCCGGAUCGGGUGCUGUUGGACAAGCGGCUAUACAUCUUGCGCUGUCAACUGGAUGUGAAAUUUUCACAACUGUUGGCAGUGCGGAGAAGAGACACUUUAUUCGGAAAGUCUUUCCUCAGAUUCCUGAAGAUCACAUUGGCAAUUCCAGAGAUACCAGCUUCGAGCAAUUGGUGAUGACCAGGACAAAUGGUAGAGGUGUCGAUAUCGUCCUGAAUUCUCUUGCUGAUGAGAAAUUACAAGCUUCGCUCCGAUGUGUAGCUGAAGGAGGAAAAUUCUUGGAGAUUGGGAAGUUUGAUAUGACUAAUAAUAGAAUUUUAGGGUUGUCAGCUUUUUUAAAAGGCGUCAAUUUCUAUGGGGUAAUGCUCGAUAGAAUGUUUGCUGCGCCGGUGGAGGAAAAGAGAGAAUUACAUGGACUGCUCCAGAGAUUCCUCGAUGAAAAAAUCAUUAAACCACUCAAUUAUACUAUUUUUAAUAGAGAGGACAUUGAUUCCGCUUUUAAGUACAUGACGACUGGGAAACACAUAGGAAAGGUGAUACUCAAAAUUCAAGAUGAAGCGAAAAUGGAGACUUCAAUUCCAGCUUUUCCACGGUAUUACUGCCGGCCAGACCGUUCUUAUAUAAUUCUCGGAGGACUUGGUGGCUUUGGUCUAGAAUUAGCCGACUGGCUUGUCAACCGUGGAGCUCAGUACAUCAUUCUGACAUCUCGUGAAGGAAUCAAAAAUGGCUAUCAAUCUAUGAAAAUGAAGCGAUGGAAGACUCGUGGCAUUAAAGUCACCAUUAUUUCGAAGAAAGAUGCAUCAAAUCCUAGAGAUUGUGAAAGCAUCCUUUCGUUAGCAUCAAAGCAAGCACCCGUUGAUGCAAUUUACAAUCUCGCAGUAGUUCUCAAGGACGGUCUCUUUGAAAAUCAAACAAUAGAAACAUUCGUAGAGCCUUUCAAAGCCAAAGCUUGGAGUACAAAAAUUUUCGACAAAUUGUCCAGAAAAAUGUGCCCAAAACUCCGUCAUUUUGUUGUCUUUUCCUCAGUUACCUGUGGACGUGGAAAUCCUGGGCUUGCGAAUUACGGAAUGUCAAAUGCAAUAAUGGAAACAAUCUGCGAAAAACGAGUUAGUGAAGGUUUUCCAGGACUUGCCAUUCAGUGGGGAGCUAUCGGCGAUGUUGGUAUCGUCGUAGACAUGCAGAACAAUGAUGAAUAUGUCACGAUGAGAGGAACUCUUCAGCAGGGCAUAGCAUCAUGUCUUCAUGAACUUGAUGGUUUCCUUAAUCAGGAUAACCCGAUCGUUGCAAGCAUGGUGGUAACUGAGAAUCAAUCUGGUUACUCUCGUUCUCUCAAUAUUGUCGAUACAGUUCUCAACAUCAUGGGACUCAAAGACUUGAAGUCGGUUUGUCUACACACAUCACUAGCUGAACUCGGUAUGGACUCCAUGAUGGCCAUGGAAAUUAAGCAAACCUUAGAACACGAGUUCGAGAUAUUUCUAACAGCACAAAAUAUUCGAGAUUUGACAUUCGCAAAACUUAUUGAGCGUAACUCCAAAAAAGCUGAUUUGAACAAAACGGCUACAGAUGUGAUGGAAGAAGAGGCACUUGAUGGAAUGAAAAUAAUGGUUAAACUACUAGGAAAGGAAGAAGCAAUGAAGGAGACUUGCUUAAAAUUGUCUACGAAACCCGAAAAUGAAAGCGCCGAGGUAUUCCUGAUUCCAGGUAUCGAGGGUUGUGGUGGUGUAUUCGAGAAUCUUGGAAAGAGCAUCAAGGCUUCUGCUUCUUGCUUACAAUUGAAUAAUUUAUGCACAAAUAAUAGUUCUAUUCAGGCUAUUGCAGAGGAAUUAUUGCCUUACAUCCUCAGCAAAGACGAUAUACGCAGAGAUUUUGUACUCAUUGGAUACUCUUAUGGAGCACUUAUUACUAUUGAAUUAGUGAGGAUAUUAGAGGCUAAAUCAUUCGCUGGUAAAGUAAUUCUCAUUGAUGGUGCACCCCUACUUUCGAGGUUCCUUAAAAACCUACAGUUUGGAUCGAACAAUGGCAAUGAUCUUCAGACGAAAGUUCUUAUGAGUAUAGCUAAUCGUAUUGCACCAAAAAAUUCUCGAGAAUUACUGGCGCAACUCGACCAGAGUGACUAUUGGGAAGCCAAGCUAGAUGUCUUUGCGAAAUUUACGCCUGUUAACGGGUUGAAUAUUUCAUCCAAGCAGCAAAGAAAUAUUUGGUCUUGUAUAUAUCACCGUAUCCUUGCCUUAGACAAUUAUCAUAUUGAUACCUGUCCACCUCUCAGAUCUCCAAUCACUCUUCUGAAACCGUCUGUGCAAACUGCCAAGACUUUACCUGCAGAUUAUGAUCUCAGUAAGAUAACAACGGGAAAAGUGAAAUACCAUGUUCUUGAAGGAGAUCAUCUUACAAUUCUUGAUCAUCCGCACGUAGCACGUUUAAUUAAUGGAGAAGAAAUUGAAGAUAUCAUGGCAGCAGACACCCUCACCAGGCAAAAUGGAAAGAUUCUUCCAAUGAGUUAAAAGUCGAGAAAAAAAUACCAUUAUAUUCUACAACUACUACUACAUUCUACUAUUUCUAUUGCCCUCUUGUCUGUUCGAUGAUAAUUGACUUACCACGAGGGAACUUGAAAUGUCCCUUGAUUGGUGUUUUUGCCGCUAAUUCUGCAACCUAGACCCGCAUCGACACUGCGUAAGUUUGGCGACGGAGAGUAUUUAUAAAUAACUUCAAUAAAAUUUUCUAUCUUACCCUUCUCGUCGAAU